AUGUCGGAGAAGAAGAACAUCGUCAUCACGGGGGCCGCUCGGGGAAUUGGACGUGCAACUGCUCGCCAUCUGGCGCUCUUGGGCCACAGACUGUUCCUGAUUGACAUUGACGUCGAGGAGCUCUCAUACACGGCGAACACGCAUAUCCCAGGAGCAUUGACCGGCCUGGUCAACGGCAACAAGGCCCCAAUUGGUGUCGGCCACGGCGCUUGCGACUUGCGAGACCCUGCAGCCAUCAAAUCAACAAUCAAGGCCGCGGCUGACUACUUGGGUGGACGAAUUGAUGUUCUGGUCAACAAUGCCGGCAUAGCGAGGGCCCAGUUUAGCCAGGGGCGCAGCAUGGCAGACCCCUCGGUUUUCGACGAAUGGCAGGCUUACAUGGAGACCAACCUCACUGCACCCUUUCUCGUCAGCCAGGCCUGUAUACCGUACAUGACAAUCGAAGACGACGGGCGGAAGGAGCACGUGGACUCCGUCAUCAGACCAGAGGCUGCUCAUGCAGCUGCAGACCAACUCACGGAAAGCCAACGGAGCGGCUUCUCGGGCCGUGCCAAGCAGGGCCCCAGCAUCAUCAACAUCGCCUCAUUCCGUGCUCGGCAGUCAGAACCCAACUGCGAAGGAUAUGCAGCGUCAAAGGGCGGAAUCCUGGGCCUCACUCAAGCCAUGUCUAUUUCAGGUGCCCAGUGGGGAAUCAGGGUCAAUGCCAUUCUCCCGGGCUACAUCUAUGUUGAGCAUGAAAACAAGAAAGCGGAUGAAGUCGACGGCUCCCAGUGGUGGGCAAAGGGAGUCCCCGCCGAGCGGCAUCGAAAGCACCCAACAGGUCGCAUUGGCUAUGGUGAGGACGUCGCCGAGACGAUUGAGUGGCUCAUGGGCGCUGGUUUUGUGACAGGACAGGAGAUUGUCGUUGAUGGAGGCAUGAGUAAGAUCAAGCACGUGGAUGCUUGA